AUGAAGAAAGACGGAAAAUCCGGACCCCCUAAAAUGCAAAACAUGACGAUCAGAGAAAGCUACGACAAUGGCAAAAUGAAUCCAGCCGUCAUCAUCGUCUUUCGUGCACCGACAAAAAAUCUUUCUUUUUUUUUUCCUUUCUCAUCCUUUCUUUCAAUUUCAAUUUCUUUCUUUCUGUUAUAUUUCUUUCUUUUUCUUUCCUUCAUAUUUUCUUUCGUCAUUUUUCUUCAUUCUUUCUUCUUCCCUACAAUUCUUUUUUUCUUUCUUUUGUUUGUGUUUGUUUGUUUCUUUCUUUCUUUCUUUAAUCGUUCCUAUUUCUUUUCUUCUCUUUUCUCUAUUUUUCUUCCUUUUUUAUUUCUACUUUUUAUUCAUUUGUCUUCCUUUCUUUCUUUCUUUCUUUCUUUCUUUCUUUCUUUCUUUCUUUACAUUCUUCAUAUCUAUCUUUUUUACUUUUUCUUUAUUCUUUUCUCUCUAUUUCAGUCAGCGUUCCUAUGUUUCCUUUACUUUUUUUUCAUUUCUUUCUUUAUGCUUCUUCUUUAUCAUUUCUUUCUUUUACUUACUUUCUUUUUUCUUCCUUCUCGAAUUUUUUCCGUUCUUAUCUGCCCCGUGCUAGCUAACCAGUAG